AGUGUCGCUACCUGCGGGAGGUCCGGGAGGCGGUGGGGCGGCUGGGGCCCGCCCCGCCCCCGCCAGCUGCCGUGCCCGGGGUCCCGCCGGCAGAGGACUGCCUGCUGCGGCGGCUGCUGCGCUGCCUGCACCUGCUGCCCGCCGCCCCCCUGCCCGACCUCACCUCGCUGCUGCUGCUGCUGCUGUACGAGCCGCACCUCAAGUUCCACACCGCCGUACACCUGCUGCAUGAGGCCUACCCGCACCUGCUGGCCACACUGGCGGGGCUGCCGCUGCCGCUGCCGCUGCUGCAGGCCCUGCCUGAACCCGAGGACGGGGGCGAGGCAGG